GCUCAGUUACAGUGAGUAGAGAGAGGGGAUGGUGCGAAAGGCGCCUUCAAUGGCAGCAUUCUAUUUGCUUCUUACUUCAAGCAGACAGAAGCUCUUCAACGGCUGUCUCGCUUUCGGAAAUGCGAAAAUCUCAUGGGGAAACGUACGAAAUAUCACCGGGUGUUUCCACUGUUUUGGAAACCAACGACUUGAAAAUGGUCUCGGAAUGGACAGAAAAUGUAGUUUUCCUCAAAGAAUAUCCAACAGUUAUCUCCAUAGAUCGUCAGCUCUGCUUAAGAAAAGAGACAACAUCCCUAGGAAAUGCGACGUCCUCAUUGUAGGCGGAGGUGCUAUGGGGUCCUCCAUCGCCUACCACCUGAAGAAAGAGGCGGGAAACAAAGUCAGCGUUGUCGUGGUUGAAGCUGAUAAUACGUACAAGAGAGCCUCGACGGUGCUAUCUAUGGGGUGCAUCCGACAACAGUUCACCGUGCCCGAAAACAUCUACCUUUCCCUUUAUGGGAGACAGUUCUUGAAGGAGGCCCACCAUUUACUCCGUGUCCCAGAAUUCGACCCCCCUGAUGUCCAAUACCGUCCCUCAGGUUACCUGAUGCUGGUGACGGAGGCUGGUUACGACCAGCUGAUGGAAAAUUAUAAGGUUCAGGUUAAUGCCGGAGCCAAGCUGAAAAUGAUGACGCAAUCGCAGCUGAAAAGGGAGUAUCCGUAUAUGGUGACGGACGAUAUCGCAUUGGCCGUUGUGGGCAUAGAAAACGAAGGAUGGUUUGAUCCAUGGACUUUAUUAAUGGGGUUUCGGCGUAAAGCAACGUCCCUUGGCGCAGUAUAUGUGCACGGGAAAGUCACGGCCAUUAAUGACAGGUUCAACGCGCCUGCGCAGAAUCUUAACGUAGUUCAAGUAGAUACGCCAGAGGGAGACACACAUGACAUAGAGUUCUCCACCAUCGUUAUGGCGGCCGGAACGUGGUCUGGGGAAGUGAGCAAAUUGGCGGGUGUCGGAGCAGGCGAUGGAGUUCUGGCGACGCCAUUGCCCGUUGAACCCAGGAAACGAUAUGUAUACUGCGCCCACGUUCCCGAGGGACCCGUCGAGAACUGUCCCAUCCUCUGCGACUAUACGGGAGCUCACUUCCGUCCCGACGUCCUUCCGAAGGUAUACCUUUGCAUCAGGAAUCCCACCGCUGAGGAGGAACCACCCACCGAGGACCUGGAGGUGGAUCAUGAUUACUUCGACAAUAUAAUCUGGCCGCAGCUUGCUAACAGAAUCCCGGCGUUUGAAAAUCUCAAAGUCCGUGGAUCCUGGGCUGGUUUCUACGAUUACAACACGUUAGACCAAAACGCUGUCAUCGGGAAACAUCCGUUUUUCAACAAUCUGAUUUUCGCCACUGGCUUCAGCGGCCACGGAAUCCAGCACUCGCCAGGUACCGGAAGAGCUGUUAUGGAAUACCUCCUAUACGGGGGCUAUCGUUCAAUAGACCUCACGAGGUUUGGGUUCGAAAGGAUCUUAAAUGACGAACCUAUAAUUGAGAAAAACGUUCUUUGAGGACUAUAGGUCACAUGGUGAUGAAGUGUAUUUGGCACUCGGCUCAUCUUUGUGCAAGCAUGUAGAAGUCUGCUUAGAAGAUGUGAAGACUUAGCCAGGGAAGUCUACAACUUCUUUAAAUGUAGUAGCAAACGUCAAAGUGAGUACAAGCAAUUUCAAUCAUUCUGUGAUCUCAACCCACAUAAAGUUCUCCAUCCUUCCCAAACUAGAUGGUUAUUGUGAAGAAUUCCUCUCACAACGAUUUUAUUUUCUAAUGUUUUUGUGUAUUCACUUGUUUCUGUGCUCUGUCUUUUAUUAUAGUUAUAAGUGUCUGUCGCAUAAGAAAUUAUUGAUUCAUUUUUCACUGCGUAUUGCCGUCUGUCAGGUAAUGACAGACAGGAACUAUGUCACUGUAUUUGUAUUCAUGUGAAAACCAAAUGGAUUCGCAUGCCCAUAUAUUUUGUAAAGAUAUGUACGUCUAUAUUGCAGGACAUAAUAAGGGUGAAAGAACCAUAUUUACUCGAGAACGACACUCUUAACAUUAUUUUAUCUGAUUUUGCUAUGUUCUAGUACGUAGUAUCUGUGGUGCCGUUAGCACCGAAAAGAUGGUUUUACACAAAGACGAAGUCUUUUGACAUGAACGUCGGUAGACGUUUUAGUAACGCAGUAUGAUUACUGUUUUAGUUAUGAUAAUUCACUUGUCCUUAUAUAUAUAUAU